CUGGCGUCGCUUGGAGUUCGCUUUAUAGAUUCUUUCCCUCUCCAUGGAUCACUUUCUCUUUCCGGAUUUCAACUCUCCUACGAUCACUCCCUCUAACUUAUCCUAUUCGCUUUCGUCGGAGAAGAUGGAGUCUCUGCAAGCCGUGGAGAAGAUCGUGAACUACAGUUUCACGAACAAGAGUCUUCUCGAGGAAGCGCUAACGCACACAUCUUGCGUCGACUUUCCUUCUUACGAAAGGCUCGAGUGGUUAGGUGACAGCGCCAUAAGCUCUGCCCUCACGAACUACUUGUACCUCGCUUACCCUAACCUCGAACCCCACGUGCUGUCUCAGCUGAGAGCUGCCAACGUGAGUAACGAGAAGUUCGCUCGUGUCGCACUCAAACACGGUCUGUACCGGUUUCUCCGACGCAAUGCUCCUUCGUUAGAUGAAAAGGUUACAGAGUUCUCAGAGGCUGUGUGUAAAGAGGAUGAUUCAGUCUACUAUGGUGGAUUAGUGAAAGCUCCCAAAGUUCUCGCUGACCUCGUGGAGUCUAUAGCAGGAGCUGUUUACAUAGAUGUCAACUUUGAUCUGCAAAGAUUCUGGGUGAUCUUUAGGGGUCUUUUGGAACCUAUAAGGACACUAGAUGAACUGCAGCGGGAACCUCAGCCUAUUAGUAUGAUUUUCCAGUUAUGUCAUAAACACGACAAGCGACUUGAGAUCAAGUAUUUGAAAGAAGGCAAAAGCAAUGUCGCUGGCGUAUAUCUUGAUGAUGAGUUGUUUGGUUCUGGAAGUGCUGAGAACAAAGAUAUCGCCAAGCUGCUCGCUGCUAAGGAAGCAGUAAGGAAAUUUUCUGAAUGUACGCCUAUUGCUAUGGUUAUUGAUGAGGCUAGUGUGGAGGUUGAACUUGAAGAUGCUAAAAGGAAGUUGUAUGAAAUUUGCUCCAAGAAAAAGUGGCCUAAACCAAUUUACAGUGUUGAGGAAGAAAGAGGGUCGGUUAAUGGGAAGAGAUUUUUGUGUUCAGCUAGAAUAAAGAUACCUAGUGAAGAGAGUCCAUUAUAUAUAAAGGGGGAUGAGGAAUCCAGGAAAAAGAAAGCUGAAAACUCGUCAGCCUACCACAUGAUAAGAGCCCUAAGAAAAUCCAAUUAUCUUUAAUGAGUUCUUGAUUGAUGUUGCAAAGUUGCAAAAGUGCAAAUCUAAGUUAUUCAGGUGAAGAAGAAAAACUUCUAUUAGGGUGAUAGUUGAGGAGAAAAGAAGACGACCUCUUGUCUUGUGUCAGGCAAAUGUCUGUGUGUAUUGUUGUAGUAGUAUUAGUUUGGUUUUUGUUGCUGUUUUGGGGUUUGUGGUUUACAGAAGUAAUUGAUGGGAAUGUCCGAGAAUUGUAGUUUGGUUUGAUUCAAAUCUUCCUUGAAAUUUAAUAUACACUGUUAUAUUUAUAGUCAUUUAAAAAGAA